CAGAGAUCGAGAGAAACGCAACAAAUGUUUGUCUGCCGUGUCUGUUAUUUAAAUUAUCUAUGUUCCCCUUUUCCAGGUAGCUGCCUCAAUCGUGCCUGUAGGAGCGGACCGGUAACCAUAGUGAUCAUAUACCAUCUAUGACUGAGCUGAGUCGGUGAUUUUCUGAACUGAGAAAAAUCGACUGUAAAUGCCACAUAAAGGCAAUGAAGAGACAAAAAACAAUCACCUCGUUUUUUCAAAAACCAAACAAUUUGUGAAGUAGUCCUGGUUUGGGGUUUCAUCAUUAUACUCAAUGGCAGUCUGGAUUGUCUACCUGUCUCUCUGCCUUCUCUUUUCUAUGAGUGGUGCAGAGGAAGUACAGCAUCAGAAAGCAGCCAGAAACACACUCUGUAACAAUUGUCCACUUGGGUGGGCUGAAUAUGGAUGUAGAUGCUUCAAGUUUUUCAGCACAACAGUCACCUGGAUUGAUGCAGAGAAAACCUGUUUGUCUUAUGGUAGUAACCUUGCUUCUGUCCACAACCAUGAGGAGUACAUGUUUAUACAGAACAUGAUCCGACAACAGACUCAAUCUUCAACAAGAACCUGGUUAGGAGGCCAUGAUGCAGUUUCUGAGAACUCAUGGCUUUGGAGUAAUGGUAAACCAAUGAAUUUCCAACUUUGGGCCCCUGGAGAACCCAAUAAUCAGGAAGUUCCUGAGAACUGCAUUGAGAUGAAUUAUGGAGAUUCAAGCAACUUGAAUGAUGUGAGAUGUUCUAGGAAUAAGCCUUUUGUGUGUGGCAUAAACUGAACAUCAGCCUCACCUUUUGUCUCACUUUAAAUGUUAGACCAUUUAAAUGUUAACUGUUCAGAAGAGCUCAAUAAAUAUCAAGCAAUUCACAUAAAGUUUUUUCUUCUUCUUCUGAGAAUCUGUCUUGCAGCACAAAUAAGUCAGGCAGUCUUGUUGCUUCAAUCUGCAAGUAAGAUCGCCAAAUAUCUCAUGGCUAUCUAUCAAGCAGUGGUAACAGUCACUGCAAAACAGAAAAAACUAAAAACUAAUAAUUUUUGUCUUGUUUUCAAGUAAAAAUAUCUAAACAUUCUUAA